CAGCUGAUUACAAGAUUACAAUAAUUUAGUAUAUAACUGGGAGAGUCAAGCGUAAAAACUAUCAGUCUUUGUUGUAAAGUCCAACGAUUUCUCAACAUGAUGAACUUCAAAGUUUUCCUGCUUUUUGGUCUUGUACUUUUUGUUUGCACCGAAAAUGUUAAAUCAAUACCAGUUCCUGAUGAAAAAGAGGAAGUAAAACCUGAAGAAGUUGAAGCGGCAGUAGCAGAACAAAAGAAAGAUGAAGAUGAGGAUGACGAUACAGAGGAAGACAUUUCCUUAAGUGAUCUUGAAGAAAUUAAGGAAUUUUUUGAGGAAUUGCAAAAGGGAUUCGAUGAAAUUUUUAAAGCUUUGAAGGAAGCUCAAGAAGAUGCUUCAUCAAUUGCGAAUGACCAUUCGACAACACCAAAGUCUGAGAAAAAAUGAAGAAUGUAAAUUUAUUUGUUUAAACAAAAAUAAAAUUUGUAUUAUUUACAUCUCGAUCUGAAUAAAAUAUUAUAUAAACAAAA